GCCUUCGCCGACCUCUCCCUCGAUCCCUCUUACCGACUCUCACUCUCUUAUGGCCACCGCUUCUUCCCCAUCCCGUCGCCUCCUCUCUUCCUCCCCGCUUGAACCAUCUCCCCCCGCAGCUCGCGCUUCCCCGCGGCUCCUACCGGUCGAUCUCGUUCCCUCUGAACACUUCUUCCCCCCAUGUCCGAUAAUUUCCCUGCCGCGCCAGCCGCGGACGGAUCCUCCUUCCUGGAAGACGACUGCCAACCCCUGCCCGCCGACCCUCCCCCCGGAAGACCUGCUUCCGACGCGCUUGCAACUCCCGCUGCGCUCCGCCGCCGUAGAGAGGAGGAGGAGCGGAAGAAGGCUGGGAUGGUGAUCACCUCGAUCGUCCAGUCCCCGCUUCCUUCGUAGCUGCCACGGUGAGGGCUCCGCUCCAUGUGGGAGCUCGCCGCCGUCCUCAACUGCCUCCAUGUUCCUGGCUUUGGAAAUGAUCUCUCAUCCGGUAGCAUUUUUAGGGUAUAUCUGCUGGCAAUCCCUCCAGUUUCUCGCAUUGCGAUAGGGCAUUCAACCUGGGUUACAGCACUCUGCAGCAACUUAAGAUUGGUGGCACUGUGUCACUGAUGGGGACAUACCAAUUAUUGCAUCCCAUGGGUGAGUUCUUUGUAUCUAUGGAGUCUAAGACACUUAAAAACAUAUCCAUCUGAUAAUACUGAUGAACUCUGACUGUUAAGUUUUGCAGAAAGAAGAUCGAGACAUAUGACUCUUGGUCCUAACCCACAUAUGCUAAUUUCUAAAGCACUAUGUAGCAUCCGUGUUGAGGUGCUUAUUGUGAUGAAUAAUAAUACUAAUUUGAAAGUUUAAUGCGUUUAUUGCAAGUGACAAUGUUUAAUUAUUAUUUAUGUUUUCCCUUUGUUGAUGGAUGUUGGCUUUUAUCUUGUACAUAAACCUGAAAAAUGUAUAGCUAAAGCACUUUCCUUGCACUUACUGUCUUAGUUCCACUUCCUGAGUUGUCUUACAAUGAUGUUUGUCAACAUUUAUGCUUCUUUGGUAUCUUUUUUUUUUUUUUGCUUUGUAUAUAAGACAUAUAUCUUUUUUUUUUCUUGUUCAUGUUUUUUGGUAUUCGGCUUGUAUAGCUGUCAUAACUUGUAUAUGCAAGAGGAGGACCCAGGACCUUUUUGUUAAUGUGUCUGAUGGUACACCAUAAUUUUUCACUUUGCAAUGGAAGUAGAAAGCUUUUUUUCCAACAUUUCAGAAAUAAUGGAGAAGAAAAAAAAUUGCCAAACAUAUUAUGUGGUACCUUGCCAAAUAAAAGUCACCACUAUCCUUGAUCACUGAUUGAUGGUAGCCACCAUGUUUGCUAAUGGUCACUGAAUGCGACCUCCAUCACCUCCAACCACUGCCCUCCAUGACUUGCCAUUAGUCCCUGGUUGUCAAUCUCCGCUGCCAUUGGAAGACAUCAUUGUCCAUCAAUUCUGGCUGGUUAAACUCCUGUUACAAUCCUUUCAUUACGCGUUUGCUGUUCACCAUUUUCCACCGGUUGUCAGCAGCUGCUACCCGUAAUUGGUUGUCAGUUGUCAACCACCACUAUUCCCAUCUUCAGUUGUUGAUUGUUGUUGCUGAUUGCUAGUCAUCAUCAGAUUCAGCAUCAACCAUAUUUGCCAUCACCAACUGCCACCCUCAGCUACAUGGAUUAAGAACUGGUGCAUUGUUGAACGGAGAAGCAAGUAAGAGAAAAAUAAUGAAUGGGAACACAGUGGAAACAUCUAGAAUAUGUUUUCCGUUUUUAGUUUUUAAAUUAUACCUUUGAGUGCUUGUUUUGAGACGAAAUGGAUGACCCUUUAGCUGACAAAUUUUUUAGGAGCUUCAUAAUUUUUAAAACUAAGCAUUUCCCCCUUAGUUUUUCUCUGCUUAUUUGAAGUAAACGUGCUUUCUCAAAUAUCAUAAACUAAAGGAUUAGAAACUUCCGAUCUAGAAUUAUAUAGAGCUUUCAUAAGUUGACAUGGAUGAACAUUAUACAUGUUGCACUACAGAUUUGUCCACACUAUGAUAUGUUAACUGGUACUGUUUCCUUUCAAAUGGCACUUGUCAUUGCUAGAUGAAUCAAAUGACUCUCCAUUCAUUAGUGUUGUUAUCCAGUGUACCAUAUAAAUGAGUACUAUAUCCUAAUAAUUGAUUUUGACUUGUUAGCACCAUAUAGGUUACUGUCUCAAGAAUUGUUUCCUUAUCAAUCAUUUCAAACUUUUUACAGGUACUUCUGAAUCCUAUGAUGCAAUUGAUACUUAUAUAUCAUAUAAUUGUGAAUAUGCGAUGUUGAAUCUCUAGCUUUUUGAUAAUCAACAUUAUGACAUGACUAACUGAGCUCUGAAAAUGUAGUCUUAACUCUGCUUGGUUGAUUUGAUACUAGAAGUUGACUUCAUUUUUUUUCAUUUUGCAGCAAGAAGACAUUCAAAAUCUUAUUGAUGAUUCAUUAAAAAUGAGGCAUUCAACUCUUGCAAAGCAAGGAUUGGUGAUCAUUAACAUUGGAUUUCUUAUUGGUACGAAGAUGAUCCAACUGUUGGCCAUCCAUUGUCCUGUGAAAUUAGACAGGUUGAGGUAAAGAAGGUGAAGGCAAUGGGAUUGUCAUUUGCUUCACAUAUAUCUUUCCAGAGGGUAACUGUUACAACCAACAUGGAUAAAUUCCAAGAAGUUUCAGUAAAAUUUUCUCAAAGUAGAAGUGGAACGGAAUCCUCUCUUGGGAAGAAAUUAAAGUUUGAAUUUCUGCUGGAGAUCAAGAAAAUUCACAAAGUAUGGGAUUCUUUGCACCUUAGUACUUAUGCUUUUAGUCUCAUUUUACAUGGCAUGGUUAACCUUAAAUUAGUCUUUGGUAAUUCAAAGCCAAUAAUUUUUCUAUUUCUGUUGUACUUUGGGCAUUCAAACAUAAGAAAGAGAGGCUGUUGAAAAAGCAACACAGAGAAGCUCUCCUCCCAGGCAGCUUUGUGACUCCAGAUGGAGCUUCCUCAGGCCGCUUCCUUUGUGAUGGAAAGCCUGUCAUGUAUACUUUGGUUUAUCCUAUUUCUACUAUAUUAAGUUUAAUAAUUUUCUACUUUGAUGCUCUAAUAAAUAAUGAAGAAUAUGUAUAUAGAAUGGUUUCCACCUACAUGUUUUACCUUCCUAGAGCCAUGAAACACGUUGGAAGAGUAUGAUUUUGUGCUUCUCUAAUGGUGCUGAAUAUCAUUGAAUUCAAGAAUGUGUUUAUAAAGAGAUUUGGUAGUUGACAUGUUCUACGAGUGUUUACAGAUUAGUUGAACUUGCUUCUCUAGGUAUACUGUGGAUCACAUGGAAAAGCUCUUUUUGCUUGUGUUUUUUUAUUUUUCUUUGAAAGGUAGCUUGCAGUAUUUUUAAAAUGUUAUUUUUCUUACUAAGCUAAGCACCGAGGAUUUUAUAAUGGAAUGACAGAGGGCUGAAAAUGGUUUUAGGAGCUUUCAUAUGUUUACUUCUGUCUAAAUUUGAGGUAGGUACUUCUGCUCAGGAUUUUGUGGGUGGUGGAUAUUAGUGUUAUUGAUCUCUGAUUAGUUUAUUUUGAUUGGUUUUUUUUGAAUCUUAUUAUUUGGUUUCUAAAUUUCUGCUAAUCCUGAUUAGUUCUGUUAUCGUCUUUGUAUAUUUCAUUGAUUUGAUGUACAUAGCUAAAUUAUCUAAACAGGGCAUAACUAAAUAUUUAACCUGAAAAAGUCUAUUCCUGUGAAUGUUUGACAUAUAAAAAAUGUCCAAAUCCUAAAAGGUGGAUAUUGGUUAUUAAUGAUUGUUUGAAUUGUAGUUUCUUUCGGUUUUCUCUUAAUGAUUUCUGGCCAAACUCAAAUUAGUAGUAGUUUCAUGUUAAACAAUUUUUCAGAUGACUAAGAUCACACGAUCAAUGAAGCUAUCAAAAUAACCAAACAUUUAUACAGUCUCUUUUUUUUUUUCUCAUUUAUGUUCUGCAUCUUGUUUAUUUCUUGAUGAGGCUUCUCCACCGAUUUCUAAUGCUUCAGUCUUAUGUGAUAUGUUUUAGGAAAAGACAAUGCUCAGCUGUGAGUGUCGUCAGGAGAUCAGUCAUUGGGAGGCCUGAUGUCUCAACCAAUGGUAAAUUGAAUGGCUGUUGGCAAAUGGAUCUGGUUAACAAUGAUACAAGGUGCCCAAAAUCAAAUUACUAUGAAGAAAUUAAUAUCAAACAUCAGGAUGAGCCUCUUGACCACAGCAAUAGGUGGAGGAGAAGGCCUCAGAAAUAUUUGGAAAAAGGAUUUUGUGGAUACUGUUUCUGAUAUUGAUGCAGGCUUCAACAGUGAUGAUGACAUUCUAGGAGAAGCAGUAUAUGAUGAGGAAUAUCUGAGAAGUCAAAAGCAGCAAAAGGUGUCAAGUUGGCCAGAGGGGGAUGAGGAGUUCCGUUGGAAGGAAGAUGAGAUAGAGGAGGAACAUUCCUCGAGCACUAGUGAGAUUUGGAGGAUCAACGCUAUUACGAAAGGUUUCCUGGUCGAACUAGGCAGGAAACAAAAAAAUUGAGAUCAGUUGAUGAGCUCUAGACAGCCGUAAGAUGCAGCAACAGAGCUGUGUGACCAUGUAUAGAUUGCCUGCAGUAUGAGCUAUCAGAUAUAGAUACAGAUUCCGCAAAGUCUAAUGAGUCAGAUGCAACAGACAAAUUCUGGUGCAUCUGAUAAUUUAGAACUCUCAACAGCAAGUUAAGUUUCUCAGGAAGAAGAAGACAGUAAAGAAAUAACGUAUAACAAAAUGAGUCCCAUAUUGACCAACCACACUGAGGCUGCAGAUAAAUAUCGGCAACCAGUUGUGCAUAAGACGGACAGCAUCGGGGAGGAAGCAGAUAAGCCCCAAAGAAUAAGGUUCGUAGACCUGAAUGAGCUCGCCCCAGGAACGAGUUCUGAUGAUGGCCCGAGUAUUAGGGACUAAGACCAGGAAGAUUUUUAGGCAGGUCUGUUGAAGAGAACAGAGGCGCGAUGCCAAGUUAGAUCUGAGAGGAUGUUUACCCAUGUACCGAUUUUAAUCAAGAAGAUGGUCCUUACCGUGACCAUCUAAAUUCUACAUGUACUUCGGCAGAAUUCAAGAUAUGUUAGAUGAGAUCAGUUCAAACAUGGCGGUUUGAUCAUAAUCGCACGUCACUCGCGCCUACGUCAUCCAAGAUGGACGCGCGUGAGACUGCCAGCGAAGGGUGAGAUCAGAGGCUGCGUCUUCCUUGCUUUCUGCUCUCUUGCAACAAAUGCAUGCGUUGACGGAGGCAGCGUUCGGCCUUUCGCCCCCGGCUUUCGGCCCGGGCCGUGGAUACACCUGGCAUUGUGGUGGUCCCGCUACCAAUGCGUGGGAAGAAUUCAUGUGAAUCCUGAGCGAGGCCGGCAUCUCAUCCGCUCCCGAUGCCUGCGUUUUCUUCGUCGAACCGACACAAGUGGAAGACGAGGAGUCUUCGAAUCACUCCGAUCUUUAUGAAGGGCUGCCGGUGAUCCGAGUAGCCACUGCGUUCUCCCACCAUGGCGAGGAUGAGCGAUCGGUUGGCGAGCUUGGGCUCGCUCGCGGCCAGCCUCAUGGUGGUCUAUGCCAUCAUCCGCCGCUACCUCCCCCUCCACCUCCUCGAGCACUCCCUCACCAAGCACACCUUCCGCCUCUUUGCCUCCGUCUACCCCUACGUCCGGAUCACCAUCUCCGAGUUCUCCGGCGACCGCCUGAAGCGCAGCGAGGCUUACACCUCCGUCGAGGCCUACCUCAGUGGCUCCUGCUCGCAGCGCGCCAACAAGCUCAAGGCCGAGCUCGGCGCCGGCUGCGACAGCCUCACCCUCAGCAUGGACGAGCACGAGGAGGUCACCGACGACUUCGAGGGCGCCAAGCUCUGGUGGACCUCCGUGGCGCGCACUCCCCGCUCGCAGACCGUAUCCUUUUUCCCGGAGGCCGAGGCGCGGCGGCACUACCGGUUGACCUUCCACCGCCGGCACCGGGAGCUCGUCAUCGGAUCGUACCUCGCCCACGUCUUGCGAGAGGGGCGCGAGGUCAGGCGCCGCCGCCGGCAGCGCAAGCUCUACACCAACAUUUCCGGCAGUAGGUCGUACGAGUACAGGAAGACGAUGUGGAGCCACGUCGUGUUCGAUCACCCGUCGACCUUCGACACACUCGCCAUGGAUCCCGGCAAGAAGGAGGACAUCAUGGACGACCUCAUCGCCUUCCGCAACGGCAAGGACUACUACGCCAGAAUCGGCAAGGCGUGGAAGCGGGGUUACCUCCUCUACGGCCCCCCCGGCACCGGCAAGUCCUCCGCUAUCGCCGCCAUUGCCAACUUCCUGGACUACGACAUCUACGACCUCGAGCUGACCUCCGUCAAGGACAACACCCAGUUGAGGAAGCUGUUCAUCGAGACCACCAGCAAGUCCAUCAUCGUCCUCGAGGACGUUGACUGCUCGCUGGACCUGACGGGUAAGCGGAAGCCCAAGAGGAAGAAAGAGGUCGAAAGCGGAGACAAGGGCAAGCCGCCGUUGCUGCCGGAGAAGGAGGACAAGGAGGAGAGCAAGGUGACGCUCUCCGGGCUUCUCAACUUCAUCGACGGCCUGUGGUCGGCCUGUGGCGGCGAGAGGCUCAUAAUAUUCACCACAAACCACCUGGAGAAGCUGGAUCCGGCGCUGAUACGGCGGGGGAGGAUGGACAAGCACAUCGAGAUGUCGCACUGUGGAUUCGAGGCGUUCAAGGUGCUGGCGAAGAACUACGUGGGCGUCGACGCGCACCCGCUGUUCGAGGCCGUCCGGCGGCUGCUGGAGGAGGUCAAGAUGACCCCGGCGGACGUGGCAGAGAACCUGAUGCCCAAGUCUGCGGAGGACGACGCCUCGUGUCUCGGGAGGUUGGUUCGAGCGCUGGAAAUGGGCCGGCCGGGAGCAGCGGCCAAAGUCGAGGACGGCAGUAGCGGGGAUGAGACCGCCGAGAGUGAGCUGACGAGUUAAUUUCGAAGGGAUGACGUUGGCAGCCGUUACUUCCAAUCAAAUCGUCGAGGAAUCCAAAUUCAUCUCAAUGCCGGCUACAUUGUUCAUAUAUACUUAAUACAUUUGAUUAAAAGGUAUCAUUCAGAAAUUUGACACUGAAUACCGAUGCGGUUGGUGAUAGUGUUUUUUUUUUUAAGGUAUUGCAGGAAUGCUACUAUUUCUUUAUAUGAUCCAACAUGAAAACCUAAAACCUGAGAUCGAUAUCAAGCUAAAUUUGUUGAGUUGA